AAAUUAUUUCUCUAUUUGUUUCCCUCUCAUUCUUCUUUCUCUGUCUCUCUCUUUUCGGAAACCCUAAUCUGACGACCGAGCUUGACGAGUGCGCGAUUCCCAAGUGCCAAUUUCAGGCUUAUACUAAGAAGCUCUGUUUUGUGGCAAAAGGUGAAGAAGAAGUUGCUUUCCCAGAUCUUCGAUAGCUUUUAGGGGAUUUCAUUUUCCAUUUCAAGUGAAAAUCUGAUUCUGGUAAAUUUCAACCAAUGGAAGGGAAUUCUGGAAGCUACACCGAUAAGACGAGAGUGUUUGAUAUCAAGCCAUUGCGUUCUCUAAGACCUGUUUUCCCCAGCGGAAAUCAAGCUCCACCUUUUGUGUGCGCACCUCCUUUUGGACCUUUUCCUCCUGGAUUCUCACCAUUCUAUCCAUUUAGCUCGUCUUCUCAAGCGAAUCAACACACACCUGAUCUCAAUCAAGCCCAGAAUCCACCGCAAUAUCAGCCUCAAUAUACACCGCAAUAUCAGCCUCAGUAUACACCGCAACAUCAGCCUCAGAACCCACCGCAACACCAGCCACAGAAUCCACCGCAACAUCAAACGCAAAUCGUAUCUGAACCUUCGUUGGUUACUCCUCUGAGGUCAUUCAGAUCUCCUGAUGCGUCUAAUGGCGACAUGGAGCCUGAGGGUUCAACUGUGAAAAGAAAGAUCACUAAGAAGCGUCCAAUUGUUCGGCCUGAGAAUGUGAAUUUCGAGAGUGGGAUUACAGUGGCUGAAAGAGAGAAUGGCAAUAGGAAGCUGGUGACGAGUAUUCUUAUGCGUUUUGAUGCGCUAAGAAGAAGGUUUUCACAACUGGAGGAUGCAAAGGAAGCAGUUAGUGGAAUCAUCAAACGCGCUGAUUUGAAAUCAGGAUCUACUUGUAUGAGCAGAGGUGUCCGUACAAACACCAAGAAAAGACCUGGUAUCAUUCCUGGUGUUGAGAUUGGGGACAUCUUCUUCUUCAGGUUUGAGAUGUGUUUGGUGGGGUUACAUUCUCCAUCGAUGGCUGGCAUUGACUAUCUGAUUGUCAAGGGAGAAGCAGAAGAAGAGCCUAUCGCCACUAGCAUUGUGUCAUCUGGAUAUUAUGAUAAUGACGAAGGUAAUCCCGAUGUCUUGGUUUAUACUGGUCAGGGUGGUGGUAAUGCUGAUAAAGAUAAGCAAACAUCUGACCAAAAGCUCGAGAGGGGUAAUCUUGCGUUGGAGAAGAGCUUGCGUAGGAAUAGUGCGGUUAGGGUAAUAAGGGGCUUGAAAGAGGCUUCUCAGAGUGCUAAGAUCUAUAUUUAUGAUGGACUCUACGAGAUCAAAGAGUCAUGGGUAGAGAAAGGAAAAUCUGGACACAACACCUUCAAGUAUAAACUAGUGCGAGCUCCUGGUCAACCUCCUGCAUUUGCUACAUGGACUGCGAUCCAGAAGUGGAAGACUGGUUUGCCUUCCAGGGAAGGACUUAUUCUUACCGAUCUCACUUCUGGAGUUGAAAGCACAGCCGUUUCACUUGUGAAUGAUGUUGAUGCCGAGAGUGGGCCUGCUUAUUUCACAUACUCCACUACGGUAAAAUACUCCGAUUCGUUUAAGCUGCCACAGCCUUCUUUUGGAUGCGGUUGCAGUAACUCAUGCAAACCAGGGAACUUGGACUGUCACUGCAUUAGGAAAAAUGGAGGUGAUUUCCCAUACUCGGGCAAUGGAGUUCUAGUUAGCCGCAAGCCUAUGAUAUAUGAAUGCAGCCCAUCCUGCCCGUGCUCGGCUUGCAAAAACAAGGUGACUCAAAUGGGAGUAAAAGUGAAGCUGGAAGUUUUCAAGACAGAGAAUAGAGGAUGGGGCUUGCGCUCAUGGGAUCCUAUUCGUGCUGGGUCGUUUAUAUGCAUAUAUGCAGGUGAGGCCAAAGACAAGUCGAAGGUGCAACAAACUAUGGCUAAUGAUGAUCAUACAUUUGAUACAACCCGUGUCUAUACCCCUUUCAAAUGGAACUAUGAGCCUGGCUUAGCAGACGAAAUUGCUUCUGAGGAGAUGUCUGAAGAACCUGAAAUCCCGCUGCCUCUUAUAAUCAGUGCUAAGAAUGUUGGGAAUGUUGCCCGUUUCAUGAAUCACAGUUGCUCCCCUAACGUUUUCUGGCAGCCGGUUACUUAUGAAAAUAACAGUCAACUCUUCUUGCAUGUGGCCUUCUUUGCCAUAUCUCACAUCCCUCCAAUGACUGAGUUAACAUACGACUAUGGAGUUUCUCGACCAAGCGGAAUUGAAAAUGGCAAUCCUUUUUAUGGCAAGAAAAAGUGCUUGUGCGGAUCAGAGUAUUGCCGUGGUUCAUUUGGUUGAUAAUGGCGAGAAAAGCGACCUCUGGUGAACAACUGGAGUCGGAUGAUUUUGGAAGGAAAAGGGAUCAGUGGAUGACUGCUUUUGGUGGCAACUAAAGAAGUGUUAAGCCUCUUUUUGAUAUUCUCUUCAACAGCAUAAGACGCAAGCUGUGAAGGAUUUUUACUGCUUCAUGGAAAGCUUAUCUAUUUCUCGGAUUGUAGAAUAUGUGUUCUCAUGUUUCUCUCCUGUUGGAUAUGUAAUCUUAUUAGUGUUUAGAUCGUUUUUAUUGACAAAACGCUGGAAACUUGUACCUUGUUUUGAAUCUUUUGAUGAUUAUAUGAUAAAGGGUACAAGUCAGUUUUAUCGGUUU